AUGAGUCAUGAUAGCCGCGGCAUGUUCUUUUUCAAUCCUAUUAGCAAUGACAUAAUUGAACUCCCUGAUCUACUUGAGGAGCACCAAAAUUAUUUGCCUUUUUGGACAUUUUCGUGUCCCCCUGACUCCUUAUCAUCGGAUUGUUUCGUCAUUGGUUUCGAGAUGUCUGGUUCUCCCCCAGACGUAUACAUCAUCAAAGUUGGAGAGACUAGAUGGACAUAUCAUGACUUUGAUGGAGAUAACCAAAGACAUUUUUUGUUAAGCGGGUGCAAUAAUUCUGUAUUUUUCAGAAACAAUACUGUCUAUGUAUUGGGAGAUGAAGGGGAUUUGGGAAUACUAAGUAUCAAGAAAAACUCAGCUGCAGAGACACCUGUCUGGAAAUUUUAUGGGAAGCCCUUUUCGCGUCGAAAAGAAACAGCAAUUCGAAAGAUUUACACAGUAGAAGAUGUCGAUAAUGAAGGAAUGUUAGCCGUGUUUCUAACUCAAGAAGAAGAUAAUGUAGAGGUUUGGAGGUACAAGAUUAAUGGAAGGGUCUUAAAGAGAGAAAAAAUAACAAGUUUGGAUAAUAAAACAUUGUUUGUGAGCUUGGGAGCAUCGUACUUGAAACCAUGUGUUGCACAGGGGCUAGAAAACAAGAUAUAUUUCUCAAUGUUUCACGACAACAACAAGGGUGUUUUCUAUUGUUUGCGCAAUUGCAAAUACUACUCUUUCGAUUACUCUGUCAACAAAGCUUACUCUAGUCCAAAUACUUUCAACUUGUUUCAACGACGGUCCUGCAUUUGGAUUGAACCAGAGAAUGAUUAA